AUGAUUAAAUUAAAUUGUGAUGGUGCCUUUUCAAGUAAUAAUAAUGCAGCUGGGCUUGGUGGUGCAUUCCGAAAUAACAAUGGAGACUGGAUUAUGGGAUUCCACAAAGCAAGCCAAAUAAUUUCUCCUACACAUGCAGAGUUGAUGGCAUUACUAGAAGGAUUAAAAAUUGCUAAAGAAAUGAACUUCCUAAAUUUGGAAAUUGAAACUGAUUGUACGAAUGUCAUCAAGCUUAUAUAUGAGGAUAGCUAUAACUUCUCUAACAUUGUUUCUGAAUACAGAUGGUUAAUGCACCAAUUGAAGCUCCCACAUCUGAAGCAUAAUUUCAGAGAAGGAAAUGAAGUGGCACAUAUGCUAGCCAAGGAAGCUAUCAAGAACCCACCUUCUACUAAGUGUUUUUUCCAUCCUUGUCCAUCCUUUUUUGUUGAACAAGAAGUGAUUAAGAACAAGCAUGGUAUUGGUGAUAGCUUUAAGAAUAUUUCUACUAGUGUUUGUAAAUAUUUGGCAACUAUGGGCAAUAGUAAUGCCCUAAAAACAUCUACUAUGUCUAUGUAG